UUUAAUGUUGUUCUGAAAUUAUAUCAUUCUUUUUUGGCUAUUUGUACAAGUUUGUUCAUUGUAAAAAUCUAUUGUUGAUAUGAAAAAUAUGAUACACAGGAAUGCCUACAAGAGAAGUAUCAUCGAUCACAGCUUAUUGUGAUUUGCACAGAAAACUGCGAAACUGUGUCUGGAUUGCGCAGAAGCGCAGAGGGGGCUGCCACACGGUAUGAGGGUUGCGAGAAGCCGUUCAGUGCACAAAUAUAUCCAGUCACGGAGUGCGAUGCUAAAUACAGAUGUGAACGAUGCAAAGUCUUCAAUGAACUCUUUCCGAACUUCACCCAUCAUUUCUUAGUCAAGUUUCCGUGGUACCUCAAAGAAAAUGGAUACGGAAAAUGAGCUUUUAUGUAUGAAAUGGAUGGACUUCAAUGACAACUUAAGACUAGUGUUCAGUAGACUACUUCAAGAUGAAUGUCUUGUUGAUGUGACGAUAGCAUGUGACGGACAAUUCAUUAGAGCACAUAAAGUGAUUCUGUCAGCAAGUUCCAUAUUUUUUCAAGAUCUCUUUCAAAAGCACUCAGAGCAUCAUCCAAUUAUUAUAUUAAAGGAUGUUAAAAUUCAUGAACUUCGUUCAUUAAUGGACUUUGUUUACAAAGGUGAAGUGAACAUUCGGUCUUACGAACUUCAAAACUUUAUGUUGAUGGCAAGAAACCUUGGAAUGAAAGGUCUUUGUUUAUCCAAUACCAGCGAUGAGUCAAAUAUCGAUAGCUACCCAAAAGAUGAAAUGGGCAAGAUCCGGAGUGAAGACGACGUUGAGGCCCUGCAGGAGGACCUCGCGCACAUCGACGUGUGGUGCGCCAACAACGGUAUGCAGCUAAACGUCAAGAAGUGCGUCGUCAUGGACGUGACACGUGCACGACAACCCUGCAUGCCUCGCUACACAGACGGUGGCACAGCGCUGCAGUACGUUGCCACGCAGCGGCUGCUUGGUUUGCACCUGUCGAGAGACCUUCUCUGGAACCACCAUGUCGACGUCCAGCGGAGAAAAGCGGUGCAAACCCUUGGGUUCGCGGCUCGGAACUUAAGCGGCUGUACGCAAAGAAUGAAAAUGAUUGUGUACCUUUCACUGGUGAAGCCCAAACUGUUCUACGGAACACCAGAAUGGCACCCCUCAACAAAAACUAACACUGAGAAAAUGAUUAGGGUGCAGAACAGGGCCCUGCACUUUAUUCACGGCCGCUGCAUCCCACCACCAAACCAACAAAAUCUACUCUCGGUGCCUGCACAGCUGGAGUACAUCAACGACCUCCUGUAUUUCAAAAAGUGUUUAGCAGGAGUAAUGGACUACGACGCGAUGGCACGAAUUACCCCUGGCCGCGUGCACCGCGGAAACAAUCCGCUGCACCCUCGACUUCAGCUGCCAUCCUCCCGCACCUAUCUCGGGAAAAACAUCUUUGACUAUCGCGUCGUAAAGGAGUGGAAUGAUAUGCCACCCGCAUUAAAGGACUGCUCAGCGGCACAGUUUCCGUCCCUCUGAGAGGCGUAUGUGACAGCAAGAUUUUAGUGUGAUUACUGUGAUGUUUUUAUGAUUUAACUAGUCUGGGCUCACUUCGGCUAUGCCAUCCUGGACAAAGUCCUAGAAACUUGUUUUCCAGAAGUGUCGCUCUUUCUCACAUGCUUUUUCCUAUUUGUAAACUGACAACUGACCUGUGAUAACAUGAAUGUACUUUGACAGAUUGUGAGAAGUAACAGCUAUAAUAAAAAAAAUAAUAAAUUAUUACACCAAGCAACAAUUUAAAUUAUUUAAUAUUAGCCAUAGCCAACCGCUUAAGCUGCAAAAUCGUUUGAAUUUUAUCCGGAUCUGGAUGUAACCCGUUUUCAUCCAGUAAGUAACCUAUAUAGCAUCUUCAUUGAGCUACGGAGGAAUUUACUUUUUCCCCAAUUUGGAGACAUAUUUGCAUCUCAUAUUAAACGAAGCACCUCAAAAUGUAAUUCGAGGGUCGGCAUACCUAUAGAAACACGCCGUCAAUGUACACCUUAAGAUACUUUUUUAUCCACGACCAGUUGCCUAUAAUCUUAACAAAUACCCAAUCAUAAAAUCUGGACCACUGUUGAUUGCCCCCCGAAUAGCUAAACUCUAAACUGAAAUUGGUCCAUCUGGGGAAUGAAAAAAGGCUGUUUUAGGUUUACUCUCAUCAUCGAGUGGCAUUUGCCAAUAGCUUUUCCGGAAAUCAACCCAGCUAAUGUAUUUUAACUUUCCCAGAGGUGAUCAAGAAUUGUGGCCAAUAUCGGUAAUGCAUACGUGUCAGGUUUUGUAACUUUAUUCAGCUCGCGUAAAUCUAAUACAAUAUCUCGGUUCCGUUCCCUCAGCUUCAUUUCGCACAAAUAACCUGGAGCGUUCCAGAUUGGGAGACCCAUGAAACAUAAAACUAACUCCUCGUCCUUAAAGGUUGGGUGACCCUUAAGGUUAAUCCGAUGCUUCUUAAAACCCUCGGCAACUCCUCCUCCUUUACGGAGAGCUAACGCUGAUGGCGAUAAUGGACGCCACGGAAGGGUCUUCAGGUCGGAUGACCAUCAGGCAGCACGAGGCCCAGGCACCUCGUCUCUUCCUCCCCCUCUUCAUGGAGAGUUGUUGAUGUUGCUAUAUAGAUGAGCUGGACUAUCUUUAUGUCCAGAAAAUGAUGAUCAAUGAUUGCUCCUCAGGUCAGCGACCUUCGGAGCGACUGCUGCUGAUGCGGUGCGCCCCGUCACCUCCUCCCCCCAUACGGAGAAGCGUUUCAAGACGGUAAGGCAUUGGCCCCUCUACCUCUAGACCUCCUCCUUCCUUUCAAGGAGAGGUUGAAGAUGCUCCUUUAGGUCAUGCGACCUUCGGAGCGUUAUCUGCUGGGGCGGUGCGCCCCCGUCGCCUCCUCCCCCCUUUCGGAGAGGCGUGUGCAUACCUUGAUGGCGACGCUGGACGUUAGUAGCUUCCCAGGCGUCGCUGAUGGAGUAAUGAUUCUCCACUGCAGAAAAUAGUCCGCUGAAUGUCCGAGUCAUUGCGCCUGACGUAGAUUAUGUUGAUUUGACACCUAGUAUAUCUCGCAUUCCACGACUUCACAAACUCAACAAAAAUUUCUAAAUGCUCUCGCAAAUCAUGAAAUGCUGCUAAGAAAUUUACGUAAAAACGCAACAGGAUUGCACCACAACAAUUCAUAAAAGGCCAAAAAUUUCAAUAAUGGGAAUUGAAAUGUCUGGGAAUUUGCACUUUAUAAAUAUAAGAAUUCAAACUACUUAGAGAAACGGAUGAUGCAUUAAACAAAUAUAGAGUAGAGAGCGGAAAGCGAACGAACGCGUGUGCGAGGGGCACACGGCGUGGCGUCGAUCCAGUGCGUUUUUGAGCGUUCAGUGCGGUCCAGGCGACCUGUGGAGGUCCAGGAAUCAUGAGUGAAUGGGCGAGAUAAAAGUGACGGGGAUGUUGGUGCGAUUUGGCGAGUAGCAAAGCGAUUAGCACGCGGGACAAAGCACACAAGUUUGGCUUGACGUGGCCCCGCGUGAUUUAUUGCAUAGUUUUGUGAGUUUUUCUAUUAAAUUUUAUUUUUGAGCGAGAUAUAUUGCUUUUUGGUAAGUAGGGCGUGCACCACUCACCGGAUUAAGAGCGAUUUAACUGGGAUGAUUGCGGAUUUGUUGUUUUGUUGUUACUCGUGUCUGCCUCAAGUGGUGCGUGAUCGUGAUUGCAUCAUCUUUCGUGGAACUUGUGUGGCUACGAAUGUACGCGGUGCCCAACGCUACCCUGUAGCUUUCCUCCCUGUCAGAGGUAGCCCGCAUUUCGCCCGCGUUUUCCACGGCAGAUCUUAUAAAAAUUUGGUUUUGUUGUGUUAUCUCAGUGUGGUCUGCAUAGGACGCGUGUGAACGAGCUCAGGGCAUGGUCCCUCUGUGAGGAAGCCGCCACUUCCCGCACAGAAAAAUAUGUUCCAAAGUUAACCCUGGGCUAUACCAUCUUCACCAAAGAUUAACCGCCAGGAAUGACUUUUUUAUGUCCUAAAGUUAACUAAUGUCACGCUUUUUCUUGUUCAAGGUUAACCUUUUUGGUUAAUCAGAAAAAAUAUUCCUGGAAUAACCCAGGAAUAUCCUUGGAGAAGAAUUAUUUUCUGCCUCUUGGAUUAACCCUGGGUUAUUCUUGGAACAAUAUUUUGGUUAACCUUUCGAUUAUUCUUUGAACAACUACCCGCACAGAAAAAUAUGUUCUAAAGUUAACCCUGGGCUAUACCAUCUUCACCAAAGAUUAACCGCCAGGAAUGACUUUUUUAUGUCCGAAAGUUAAAUAAUGUCACGCUUUUUCUUGUUCAAGGUUAACCUUUUUGGUUAAUCAGAAAAAAUAUUCCUGGAAUAACCCAGGAAUAUCCUUGGAGAAGAAUUAUUUUCUGCCUCUUGGAUUAACCCUGGGUUAUUCUUGGAACAAUAUUUUGGUUAACCUUUCGAUUAUUCUUUGAACAACUUUAAGCGUGACAUAAGUUAUCCCUGGAUUAUUUUUUUAAGUUAACCCUAGAUUGUUCCUAGAGAAUAACCCUGGAAUAUUAUUUAUUUUAUUUUUAUUUUUUUGCUUUUAUUUAGGAUUGUUGAUUUAAAUAGCAAAAACUUUAUUCUUUAUUACUUAAAAUAUAGCAUAAUUUAUUUUUAUCCAAACAAUUACAUACAUAUUACGAAAAAUUAUGGAAAAAUUACAGUUUCCGCCGGGCUACACAACUCGCCAGUUCCUGCAAGACUCCCAUAAUACUUUUAUGUUGGAUUCUCAUAAGAACUGGCGAGAUGUGACAAUGAAGUCCGGCAGAAACUGAAAUUUUUCCAUGUACAAAAUUUUCUAACACGCCGGUAUCGUUUAUCUUGAGGCCUAACUCAAAACUGAGGAUCGCGGCAGCCGUUGGCAAAUAAGCGUCCGACGCGUCCUUGUCCAGCCGAUCCAGGCAAUCCGUCCGAACCGCCGGCUGUCCGAUUGUCCUUCACUAUCACUUUUGGCGUCUAGCGAUGUCCGAUGUCCGUUAAAACACUUUGAACUUAAACUUUGAACGGCCGUUGACGACUCGCUUGACUCUUUUGUUUCGACUUUUCAAGUUUUUCGGCGAUGGGGACCUGAUCUAGGAGCUUAUAAUCCUCGGAAACCGGACCGGUAUAAGUCUAAUUGUUACUUUUUUACUAAUUGCAUGCAGAAAUCGGCCUCGCUGGUCUAUUUGAUACCGAGCGAGCCGCUUUGCCUCAGUUAGAGGCGGCCGCGCGGUAGUUCUGCAUCAAAUUGAUCAGGAUUUCGGCAGCCAGAUCAAAUUGAACAGCGCAGCGGAGAGUGUGCGUCUAACAGAUACCGAAAAUUGCGUUCGCGUCAGUUAGACCCGGAAAAUCGUGCUCUCGUCUAUUCUUGCUAAAAUUGAUCAUAUUUUUGGGGUCAGAUUGAUUUUUUUUUCUAAUGACAGAAUUUCGAAAUUGAUUAUUUCAUCAAAACGAACUUUUUUUAUUAUCACCCAUACAAAAAAAGCAAUUACUGUCUGAUUUCUUAAAAAGGGGUGUUUUUCCAUUAUAUUUUGUCGAAAACCACGCAAUCCGCGAACGUGCAAAAUUGUUUAAAGCAGCAGAGUUUUCCAAAGCAGAUUUUUUACAGGAAUCUUAAAAGACUGAUAAUUUUUAAACAAUAAUGAAUUAUUGAUGAUAAAAUAGUCUUUUAGAUCUCAAAUUUUUUAUCUUUUCACAGUAAUGUACGAGGAAUGGUUGUUUUGGAAUAAAAUAACUUAAUAAUUUGUAAAAGGAUUGCGUGAGGUAACCAGUUGCAGAAAGUUGUUGUUAGUUAAAGUAAAGCUCAACAGCAAAAGGAGAGAAAUUCCUCUUUAAUUUUACCUGAAAUUUGAGAACAGCUUAAACCAUUCCAAAUUUGAGAGAAAAUCGGCUAUUAAUAAGCUUGCAUGCUAGUCAUAUUGCUAGUUCAAUCUAAUUGGAAAUCACGAUUUAUUUCACCAGAAUGGAAAUUUAGCUCACAAAUCACACACCAGUAAUUGGACAGAUCGCGACAAAAGGGAUCAAACCCAACCGAAAAAAUCAUUGACAAAACCGUUUAUUUUUUUGAGUAAUUUCGCAAAAUCUUUUGCUGUUUGACAGACCUGAUUUCAUUAUUGCCCAAUGUAGAAGGCAAAUGUUGCUUAAUUCCAAAAUCAAUAAUUAACAGAAUGAACAACUUGCUAAACAAUGCAAAAAUCUUUAGCGGCCUUUUAAGUUCUACCUAAACUUUCACUCUAUUAAUGUUUUUUAAAAUGCAUUUGACCUAUCAUUCAUUAUUUUUUUAUCCAACAUUCCACAAUAUCUAAGAUUGUUAGUCUUGUUAUUCUGGGUUAACAGUAAUCCAAAAAACCCGACGGGCCUACAAUAGAGGCCAAGUCGGGAAUUGGCGCCUGGACAAAUCAGAAUAGCCGGGGUUGUCUCCAAAGGCGAGUUCUGGGCGCCGGUCCUCACUACAAUCUUGGUCCCACGUAGCCACCAUCCACCAGGAGCCAUGAGGCCUAUUCGACUGAUCAGGAUGAUGGCCAGGAACUUCGUCUUCAGCUCUGUUUGGUUUUCUCAAAGUUGACUUGGCUGAGUUAGAAGCAUAGUGAGCAGCCGGGCGUUAGCCAAGGCUUGACGCUCUUCCACGCUGGCCCCCAGCAACUCGUCUGGGAGAUUUGGCGCUGGAACUCAAUUUUACUCCACCGGCCGGUCUUCUUCGCAAGCUUCGAGCCGCACCCCUCGUCCGAAAAUGAAUUUCUUUCUUCAGGAGUGCCGGCUUUCGCUCGUUCGAUGACAAUGUUAAGGACACGGCGGGGUCAACUCUGGGUUCUGGGUCGUCCCAAGCAGAGAUCCCUCGAUGGUCGUUGCGGUGGCCGGUUUCUUGGACGAAGAGCCACAUCCUCCGGCUAAAGAGAGGCAGAGCCCCUUCUCGGCGUGAUUCUGUGGUGUCGCGAACGAAAAUUCGCAGAGGGUGCCAUUGGCGAGCUACUCGGGCGCUCGUUGGUCUUUGCCAUUUGAUUGUUGUUUUGGUGUAAUCGUACUCACUCGCCGGUCAUAGCUUCAAAACCAUAAUUUUGGGUCGAAAUCUUGUUCCUCAGAGGAAAUUUUGACGUUGAUCAAUGAGGCGUGAAAAGCUGAGCAAGAUGUUGCCAGUUUCUUCCAGGUAAAGUUGAACGUCUUUGCCAAAAAGGGGAAAUUCUGAGGAGCGAAUUUUAAGUGCGUCCGUUCUAGUUUUCGGCAACAAUUGGACUCAGAUUUUUAUGAUUAUUAAAAAUGGAUUUCGGCAAUAUUUAAAAAUAUUGCGUUUCGUUUAUUCUUAAAGUGGAAUGAUACUGGACAACAAUUGAAAAUUAAUUAAAUUGUUGGAUGCCUUAAACAAUUGACCGAUAAACAAUUUGUUCAACAAUUUGCAAUAAUAAAAAAAUGACCUUCCUACAAUAAAAAUUCAAAUUUUGCCAAUUUUCUCCAAAAUUUACAGUGCUCGAAAACAUUUUCUUGGCAUAUUCCGAUUCCUCUCGUCGAGAUCUGUUCAACGGUGUAUGCCACUUAUUGGGGAAACUCUUGGUUUUGAAAUUAAAUUGGAUUUCAAGUAAGGAGACAGCCAUUGCCAUUUGAAAAGCACGGUAACUUUCAAGCCAAUUUUCUCAAAAAAUUACAGCGCUCCUUAGGUCAAUUUAGGCUUUAACUGAAUCCUAAGGGAUGAGUUUUUGCUUUGGCAACAAGCAUUUUCCAGGCUUUUCCAGUAUCAUUCCUCUUUAACCAACAACCUCUUUUGUUUUAAAAAAAAAAAUUAAUUUAUCAAGAAAAGGUUGAGACAUUACACUGGCUAUACUAUAUAGAUUUUUUUGCCUAUACAGGAACAAGAAACCACAAAUGAAACCGACUAUUUUAUAGAUUAUUUGCCUUGAAACCGAUUAUUUGCCUCUAAAAUUCCAACUAUAAUAAUCAAUCAUUUCUUUGCCAAAUCGACUAUUUUUGUACAACCCUAAUAGGCUAUGCUAUAUUCUUUUGGUUGACGAAUAGUGUCUGUAAACCGAUUUUCGCAAAACUCCGGGCCAAAGGCGAAUUACACACGGCAUUGAAAAUUCGCAUUUUGCACGGCACACAAAUAAUGGCCACGUUAAAAAUACGCGCAAGGGCGCUGCGAAGUCCCGGGGCACUGAAUUUUGAAUUUGGCGAUCGGAUACAAACGAGUGCGUGCGUGUCUGAAUCCCGAUGUUCAGUGCUUUUGCAAUUACAAAAUUGAUUUUAUAAGGGUUUUUGUGUUUUUGGUGUGUGCAAUGUGUGCAGAGCAAAAGGAACGUUUGGUGCGGCACCGACUUAAAUGGUUUUUUUUCGGAAAAAUUUGACCGUUUGUCGCAGAGUCGACCCCGACCGCUCAUUCGACAGUGCUCGCGAAGGGCUAAAUUAUGGAGUGCGCAAACGACCUUUUUCAGGGUUCCGCGACUGAAAUCGGUUCCGAGGCCGAAUGUAAUUGCUUUUUUGUCGUUUUUUAGCAUGUUUGACGGUGCCUGGCGGCUACUUUCAACCCUUCAAACCACCAACCUUCCUCAGGUCGCGCACCCUGAACAGUGCCUUUAAUCGGUUUUUUCGGCGGCAACGGUUCAUUUUGGUUUCUUCGUGAUCAUUAGAGUGCAUUUAAGUGGGAUUUGAAUUCGCGGCGCGGUGCAGCAUUAACAACACGGGCAUUAUUAUUGCUUUUUGCCCAGCUCACAGAUUUUUUUUGUCAAAAUUCGACCAUUCGUAGCAGAAUUGAGAAUCGACCACGGCCUAUCAUUCGAAAGUGCUCGCGAAGGACUUUUAACUGACACAUCCAACCAACCUUUUUUCAGGGUACCCCGACCUGAAACCCUUUGCCAGGUCUUGUUUUAAUGUUUUUUUCGCGGUUUCUGCCAAAGUUAAAAAAGCACAGUGCGGCGAUGCAAUCUUCGGUGCCACUGCCACGCAGCACCGCCAACACCAAUUUUGCUGUUUUUUUUUCAGCAAAGCACUUUUCUGCGACGCGCUAUGCGGCGGCGGCGCCAAAUGGCAAUUUUUUUAAUUACUAGGUUUAUGUUAAACCGCAUCGUGGAUAAUCAGCCCCCGCUACGAUCAUUUUUAAUUUUCAAACCACUGUCUCGACUGACCCACCUCGGUUUUUUCGGUCUAACAAUUCGACGGGUGGAGGGAUAAUCGCCCGCGCCCCCUCCCUGGAAGCGUCUCACCGAGCCCUACACCCCGCCACACCCUGGCGACCUUUUUCAGGGUCUGGCAAACCUGAGAUCAUUCCCUGAGCGGGUUUUUUCGAUUUUUCCGGCGCCGCGGCGAGCCUCCCCGGUGUUAGAUGGGGGUCUAAACUGCCCCCGAUUGAGAUUUGGGGGAUUGGAACUGGCCUAAAAAUCAACGUGAAGUGCAAAUCGCUUGUCUCCUAUCUAUAUAAUACCAUUUUUUGGUUUAAAAAAAGUUUUUCACGUUUCUACGGUGAUUGGCUGAACCGAUUUUGGUUUUCAGCAUGUCGAAAGAAAGCAUAUUAUAAGUGAAGAAUGUACGCGCAGUUGCUUGAUUGAGUCUGAAAUCGCAGCAAAAUUGUCUUAUUAAAAUCAAAAGUUUACGGUGGUGCCAUCUAUUGGCAGCUUCGAACAAUAAGGGUUUAUACAUACAACUGGCCAAUAACAAAAUAUUUCGUUGAUUUUUCCACGUUUGAUCAAAAAAUAAAAUUUAAUGAAAUGGAUUAGCAAUAAAUAUCAACUGAUCCAAAAAUCUUGUUCUAGAAAGUUGAAAAUGAAUCAUCUAUUACUUCUGUUUGUGAAUCUUCACUGCACCGAUUCCGAGAAAAUUUUGUAAAGAAAUUGGAUCUGUGCAACAUAUUUGGUGGAAAUUGUAAAGACAUUAACACCAAAUCAGGUGUGAAUAA